CUUCCUUCCCCAAUUCCAUUCCCAAUCCCGUCGCUCAACUUCUCGACACCGGUAAUUUGGUCAUCAGAGCUUCGAAUUCCAGCUCCCACUUAUGGCAGAGUUUCGAUUACCCAACCGACACCUUGCUCUCCGGGAUGAAGCUUGGCCCGGAACUGAAAAUCGGCAUCGAUCGGAAUCUCACGUCGUGGCUGAGCAACUCCGAUCCAUCGCCGGGGAAAUAUUCCUUAGUGAUCGACACCAUCGGCGUUCCCCAACUGGUCAUCCGCGAUCUCUCUGGAAGCUGGAUCUGGCGCGGCGGGCCAUGGAACGGCUACGCCUUCACCGGUGCCUGCCCUAAAGGAUUAUUCUCCACCGACCUCUACAGAUACUUCAACCAAGGCUUCAACUCCACUCCGGAGGAGAUUUUUUUCUACUACAACACGACCGGCGACGCCAUUUCUACGCUGAUCAUGGAUCAAAAAGGGGUAGCCAGAAUAUACCAAUGGAAAGCAUCGUCUCAGAAUUGGAAUCUUAUUUGGUUCGCACCAAGUGAUCCUUGCGACUUCUUUCCGGCGUGCGGAACCAAUGCGAUAUGCGAUUCCAGCAGCUUGCCGAUGUGUCAGUGUCUUGGUGGAUUUAAUCCCAAGAAUCCGGUGAAUUGGAUCGAGGGAAAUUGGUCUGAUGGGUGCGUUAGGGGGGCAGCGCUUGGCUGCAGCGAGAACGGAACCGACGAGUUCUUGGUGGUGCGCGGCAUGACGCUGCCGGAUACGACGGAGGCGGUGGCGAAUAUGAGCUUGGGCUUGGAUGAGUGUAAGACAAGGUGUUUGAUGAAUUGCUCCUGUACGGCUUAUGCAAGCGUCUAUCUUAAUGGCGGGGGAGGAUUUGGAUGCAUUAUUUGGAUGAAGGAGAUUAAAGAUCUCAGAUCCUCUGCGGACGACAGGCAGCAGGAUCUCUUCGUUCGGGUUGCCGCACCCGCUAAUGGAUCUAACGGGAGGAGCAAUAAAAAGACAUGGAUUUUUGUCACAGUGCCAGUAGCUUCUGUAUUGUUGCUUCUUAUAUUUUUUAUAUGCGCCUUUGUGAGAAGGAGAUGGAAACGCAGAAAAGAAGAGGAACAAUCAGUUUCCUCUGUAAAUUGGGGUCAUGAAAUUAUGCAUGAUGCCAAUAAAGAAGGGAAUUCAGAAAUAUCAUUCUUUAAAUUUGCUCAGGUAGUGAGUGCUACAAACAACUUUUCAGAUAUUAACAAGCUUGGAGAAGGUGGUUUUGGACCUGUUUAUAAGGGAAAAUUACUAGAGGGACAAAAUGUAGCGAUCAAAAGGCUGUCUACAAGAUCAGGGCAAGGAUUCGAGGAGUUCAAGAAUGAAAUUUUAUUAAUUGCUAAACUUCAACAUAGGAAUUUAGUAAGGUUAUUAGGAUGUUGUAUUCAUGGCGAAGAGAAGAUGCUGAUAUAUGAGUUCAUGCCUAAUAAGAGUUUGGAUGUCUUUCUUUUCGAUGUUGAACAGGGAGUGAAAUUAGAUUGGACAAAACGUUUCCAAAUAAUUGAAGGAAUAGCUCAGGGGCUUAUUUAUCUUCAUAAGCACUCUAGAUUAAGAGUCAUUCAUCGAGAUUUAAAGGCAAGCAACAUUCUCUUGGAUGCUGAUAUGAAUCCUAAAAUCUCAGAUUUUGGCUUGGCAAGAAUUUUUGAUGCUAAUGAAAGCCAAGCAAAGACUCGAAGGAUUGUUGGCACCUAUGGCUAUAUGUCUCCAGAAUACGCUUAUGAGGGUCUAUUCUCUGUUAAGUCGGAUGCAUUCAGCUUCGGAGUUCUGCUUCUUGAGAUAGUAAGUGGGAAAAGAAGUGCUGGUUUUCGUCAAAUUGGUUCUUGGUACAAUCUUCUUGCGUAUGCUUGGGAUUUAUGGAAAGAAGGAACUUGGAUGGACUUUGUGGAUCCUGCAUUAGAUAACAAAUUUCGACAUGAUGAGGUGGCAAGAUGCAUCUACGUGGCGCUUCUGUGUGUACAAGAGAGCCCAGACGAUCGCCCUAAUAUGACUGAUACUGUCACCAUGCUUAGCAAUGUAAGUUUACACUUCAACCCCGUUAAGCAACCUGCAUUUUUUACAAAGAAAAAUGCUUCAGAAUCUGAAUGGCCAUUAAACUUAAUUGUAAAUGCUUCCAAUGACCUUUCUGUUUCAACUAUCACAGGCCGCUAAGACAAAGUAACCUAUUUGCUUUGUUAAUUCUGUAGUUUAGAUCAAAAAUAUGACAAAGCCUUCAGAGUCAGAGAUAGUUGAAAUCAUUA